GGUUUUGGGGCAAUUAAAUAAUGCAACAAAUCAAAUUGUCCCCAAGACCGUCUAUACAGACGCUGAUCCGGCCAUGGGCGCAGUCUUGAAAAAUAUGUGGCCUACUACACAUCAUUCCCACUGUAUUUUUCAUCUUAACAAUAAUUUUGUUAAGAAACUUAAACUAAUUAUGGGUAAAAGCUUUAAAGAGUGUUAUUGGCUUUUUUAUUCUUCUCGCAAUAGUUUGCUUGAAAUUGAUUUUGAACGUCGUUGGAUGCAAUUUGUUGAAUUUGUUGAACCAUUCCCUAAGGCGCAUCGAUAUGCAAUAGAAACGCUUUACCCUACACGUCAUAGCUGGGCGAGGGAAGUUUCGCAUAGCUCAACUUUGUUACAUUUAAUAGAUGCUAUACAGAACCGUCUAGAUGAAGAAGCACGAUAUGCCAGGAUAAGUGAACAGAAAAAUAUGAACCCUUCUAUAGGUCUUUCUCAUAUCGCAAGCCAGUAUUUUUCGGGCAUUGAUUCCUUACUUAAAGAGUAUUUAACUCCGCACAUUCUUUCUCUUCAAUGUAUACAGCUUUCCGAAAGCUUUUUAUAUGAUGCCACUGAAAUUUCUUUUGAUUGGGAUAACUUUCUGCUUGAACCAGAGGACAUUACUGAGAAUGGAUGUCUUGAAGAUGAUUAUGAAAGGUCUUAA